UGUGCGCUCGCGCUGUGAGGCUGCAAAGAGAGAGAGAGAGGCGCGCGCACGCUCGCUCCUUCAAACAAAGAGACCCGUCAACAUCAUCCACGGUGCACCAGCAGAACCCAUUCCAGCAAGGCCGACAAAAAAAAAAAAAUGACUGCAAACGGAACCAGCGACAUGCUCAAAAUCCAAUUCGGACUGAUCAACUGUGGGAACAAGUACCUCACGGCUGAAACGUUCGGCUUCAAGAUCAAUGCAUCAGCCACCAGCAUGAAGAAGAAACAGAUCUGGACCUUGGAGCAGAACGGAGACGACUCGAGCACGUUCUACCUGAAGAGCCAUCUGGGGAGAUACAUCGCAGCUGACAAAGACGGCAACGUGACUGGUGACAGCGAGACCCCGAGCGAGGAUUGUCGGUUCGUGAUCACUGCACAUGAUGAUGGGCGCUGGUCACUGCAGUCUGAGCCUCACAAGCGCUACCUGGGCGGCACCGAGGACAGAAUCACCUGCUUCGCCCAGACCAUCUCCAUCGCAGAGAAAUGGAGCGUGCACAUUGCCAUGCACCCCCAGGUCAACAUCUUCAGCGUCACCAGGAAAAGAUACGCGCACCUGAGCACCGAGCAGAGCGAGAUCGCCAUCGACCGAGACGUUCCCUGGGGCGUCGAUUCCCUCAUCACCUUGGUCUUCCAGGACCAGAGGUACCACAUACAGACAUCCGACAACCGGUUCCUGAAGAACGACGGAAGCCUGUCCCCAAACCCUGACAAGAACACGGGGUACACGCUGGAGUUCAGGUCCGGGAAGGUUGCCUUCAGAGACUGUACAGGGAAGUACCUGGCUCCCUCUGGUCCCAGUGGAACCAUGAAGUCCGGUAAGAGCUCGAAGGUUGGCAAAGACGAGCUUUUUGUUCUGGAGCAGAGCCACCCUCAAGUGGUCCUCACCGCUGGCAACGACAGGAAUGUGUCCACCAGGCAAGGUAUGGACCUCUCGGCCAACCAAGAUGAAGAAGGUGACCAGGAGACUUUCCAGAUGGAAAUCAGUAAGGACACGAAGAAGUGUGCCUUCAGGACCUGCACUGGCAAAUACUGGACCCUCACAGCUAAUGGUGGCCUUCAGUGCACUGCCUCUACUAAGUCUGCUAACUGCUACUUUGACAUUGAGUGGCGUGGGAAGAAGAUAACCCUGCGUGCCAACAAUGGAAAAUAUGUGGCUGCCAAAAAGAACGGACAGCUGGCUGCCACUAUUGACACAGCAGGUGAGACCGAGGAGUUCCUGAUGAAGCUCAUCAACAGGCCCCUCAUCGUGCUGAGAGGGGAGCAUGGCUUCAUUGGCUGCAGGAAGGUGACCGGCACCCUGGACUCCAACCGCUCAUCAUAUGAUGUCUUUGGGUUGGAGUUCAGAGACGGAGCCUAUAGCUUGCGAGACUCCACAGGGAAAUACUGGAUGGUGGGCAGCGAGUCGAACGUGCUCAGCAGUAGCGACACCCCGGUGGACUUCUUCCUCGAGUUUUGCGACUACAACAAAGUGGCCAUCAAGCCAACCGAGGGGAAAUAUCUGAAGGGCGAUCACGCAGGUGUUCUGAAGGCCAACGCCGACGAUCUGGACACCUCCACUAUGUGGGAGUACUAAAAGCACUUAAGUAACCACUGUGGCUUUUUCUUUCCAGUUUUUCCCUUUCUGUUAUGCAUUUUGAAUCUGUUUUUUGAAUAUGAGUGAGCGCGCACAGGCCAAUAGCAGAGAGAAACCCAAAGGUGAAGGGUCUUACUUCUAGUCACGUAUACUCGAUUCUGUCUAAAUACUUCAGUGUUUGUGUGCCACAGCAUUACCGCAGUGUGGUGCGGCUUUCAUUGACGACGAGUGGCCAAAACUGGGACUUCUGGGACUUAACUGGCAUCCAAAUUUGUGUUGUGUGGUUAAGCACAUCUAGUGUCAUCUCUUAAUCUGUCAUACUAAUCGACAAGUCGGUUCACUCUCUGGAAGAUCGACUAUGCGGGCGGCACACGUCAAGCCACAGGAUUUUGAUGUACCAGAUUGUAACGUGAUCCCUCUUCCUAGUCUUUGCACAGUCCUGUAUGAGUCUCGCACUCUUAAUAUUAACACAUAGCGAAAUAUGUUAAAGAAAACCUUGUGACUGUGAGCUAUUGAUGUAAUGCCUCCCACUGUAUUGCCAGUCAUAAGUACCUACCCUCAUGACCCGAGGACUAAGGCAAUAUUUACAGGUAAAUGUAUGAAUGUUUAGUUUUUUUUUCCUUUCUAUACACUUUACAGAGUUAUGAAGGAAGCUCUCAGGCCACUGAAAAGGUGAUGAGCUAAACUGUUUUGUUUUCGUGUUUGAAGUACGGCAGUGCUCCGCUGCCUCAUUAUCUGUGCCAUUAGAAUUCAUUUUAAUGUUUAAAAAGAGGAAAAACCAAGAGAACUGGAUUGGUUCCGUACCGUACAGUCCCUCAUCUCAAAAUUAGGGUUACGCAUGGAAUUGCAAAUGGGUGGGAAAAGAGAAAGUAUAGAUAUUAAAGUGGAAAUAGUUUUCUGCAACUUGAAAGUGAUGUCAUCGUUACAUUGUGUGUGAAGAUACUGAUGUGAGGUAUGUUGUUGCAGGUUCAACACAGUAUUUAUGCUAAAUUAAACCACUUUUCCCCUCUUAAACCUGACAAGUCUUAAAGGAAUGGCGGGUCUGGGUUCACUGGACUCGUGCAGUGGUCUAAUCUGGAAAUUUCACCUAACAUUUGUUUUUUUUGUUGUUGUUUUUGAGUAGGCACAGACAUUAUCAUAAACCUUAUUCCUUUAUACACAUACGCACCUCAGAGAAAAAGCCAAAAUGAAGACAUUAACGCUUCACACAAGAUUGCUUAAAGAUUCAAACCUGAGGUUAAACUGGUGCUUAAUUAGUUUUCAGGUGUGCAUCAAACUAACCGAGCCACUCUGAGCUUAACUGCUCAUUAUUUAAUAGAUCUCCCAUUGCUAAGGGAAUGAUAAUGACUGUGCCUUAAAGGGCCAUUAUGGGGGGGAAAAAGACAUUCCACAUUAUACUUUGUAAAGACUUUACAAAUGUCUUUUUAUAUUGUUUUGAUAUUAUGGUUAUGUUUCCUCAUGUGCCAUGGGUACAAAUGAAAUCCGGAAAUAAAUACGGUUUGAAUAUGAAA